CUGCUAGGUCGCAGCGCUCGCUCCACGGCGCUCUCGGCCACACUCGGCAUUAACAAGGGGCUUUGACGAGGGUGGCUUCGGCAGUGAUGACGGACGAGGACUCUCAGACUACUGCCAGCGAGGCGCAAACCCAGGAUGAGAGCGAGCUGCCUGUUACCCAGCUGUGUGGGCUGGUGGAAGAGCUCAGCCACGGAAACUCUGCUCUCAAAACUGAGACAGAGAUGUUUGAAAAAUAUUACAAUAAAUUGGAGCCCAGGGACCAGCGACCUUCACAAUUAUCAGAAAUUAGAAUGUCAGGAGCAGAAAUUGCACAGUUACGAGGCAGGCGUAGAUCCAAAUCCCGCGUAAGUCUGGAACGUGUAACAGGCCUCAGCGUGGACCAAAAAUUGAAGCUUGUGCAAAAAGAGCUGGACGACACAAAGAGUGAAAUAAGGCACAUAAGGGCAAAUGCCGAGAGGGACCUGCAGCAUCACGAGGCUAUCGUUGAGGAAGCUGAAAUUCGGUGGACCGAAGUUCAGAGAGAAGUGCAUGAGUUUGAAAAAGAUAUUCUAAAGACCAUAUCCAAGAAGAAAGGGAGUAUUUUGGCCACUCAGAAAGUGAUGAAGUACAUUGAGGACAUGAACCGCCGGAGGGAUAAUAUGAAGGAUAAAUUAUGUUUGAAAAAUGCCUCUCUCAAAGUCCAGAGGAAAAAGAUGCUUUUACAAUUGAGGCAGAAGGAAGAGGUGGGAGAGGCCCUCCACGAUGUUGACUUUCAGCAGCUGAAGAUCGAGAAUGCUCAGUUUUUAAAGACAAUUGAAGCAAGGAAUCAAGAACUGAUCCAGCUGAAGCUGGUAUCCAGAAACACCCUGCGGAUCCUUAACGCGUACAAAAGCAAGCUACACCGAGCCAUGGAAAUGUCCGUCGAUCUGGACAAAGAGUUCUUGUUGAGAAAAGAGUUACUCGAAAAAGUUGAAAAAGAAACCCUGCAAGUAGAGGAGGACCAGGCCAAGGCCAUGGCUCUGAACAAACAGCUCCGGAAGCAGCUGUCUGAGUUCCGAGUGCCACAGGUGAUGAUGUACGUCCGGGAGAAGAUCCGAAACAGUGACCUGGAGAAGGCCAUCGGGAUGUGGGAGAGGAAAGUGGAGAUUGCAGAGAUGUCCUUAAAAGGCUACCGCAAGGCUUGGAAUAAAAUGAAAAUCACCAAUGAGCAGUUGCAGGCAAUUUGCCCCCUGGGAAAUAGCCAGAGGGAGGCGACGGCUGCCGACCAAAAAGUGAUCCAUUAAAGUAAUCAGCUCCUCUCUAGUCAUGGGGUCCUCUCACUGUUCCCUGUGCUGGCUGGUGUCCCCAAUUCUCCAGCCAGGCUGCUGGUCACCUCCCAGGCCACAUCGGUCCCCGGGGAGUGUUUUCACAGCCUGACUCCGGGAACCAUAAACACUGAAAGAACCACAGGGAACUCUAAUGGUUUGACACUUGUUAGCCCACGUUUAGUUCACAAGCACACAUGAAAAUGACCUUCCUGCAUGUGAGAGUGGGACAGAGGAGGGAGACCCCCCCCCCAGUCUGUACUGUGGGCCUGUCUGUGGCAGCCCAGCUGUGCAACUCUCAAAAAGAGACACCAAAGCAGCGUGGUGAAUGCCUGGCACUCAGCAUUCUGAGCUUACUCUUCCAUUUGGAAGGUUAGCUCCUAGACUAAGAUACCAUUACCAAAGAAAACAAGCACAAAGAAAAAUAAGAUAAUUUCUUGGGGCUGAUGUAACCUGUUCUGGCCCAAUAGAGACCUGCCCUCCCCAACCUCCCCACCGUUGUCAUCAUAGUACGUGGGUUGGAUGACCACCUCAGACUUGUCUGACUCCCUCAGAUCCUUUUCCCUAAAGUCUAGACUCACUGGAGUGCCAUUUGCCAUUUGUGACCAUGAAUGCAUGGUGGCCCUUUUUUGUCCUUGGAAGUGUGGUUGGGACUGUCCAACCUGGCUCAGCCCAGCAUGUUUUUUCUGUGUCACAGCAUCACAUGAUGAGUGGCUGGGGAAAGGAAUCAGGUUUUUCCAGUGGUGGAAGGAAGACAGGGGAGGGCUGGUCUUCUUGGUCUUGGAUGUGAUCCAGUUGCUGUAGUCUUCCACCUUGAUGUACAGGAACAGGCCAGGGCAUUUCUCACCACCUUGAGACAGGAUUCCUCUCAGCACCCACAGAUUCAAUUCCUUCAGCUCACACAUCAUUGGGUUUCCUGGGUCCCCCUGUGACAAAGGACAGAAAGCUUCAGGUCUUAGAAAAACUUGUUUUCUUUUUUAAUAUGUCCCUGUGCAAUUUACUAUCUUCUAGAAAAGUUUUACACUGGUUCUCACUGGAAAUGGGGUAAGUUAUAGGAUAAUAUUUCCAAUCUAGGCCACCUCCACCACAAAUUCCAACAAGAUGACCUUUCCUUUCAUUAUACAAAUUAUCUGUAGGCUCCUGCAGUUUGCCUGUAGCUUCCUGGAUCCCAUUUCAUUUUCUUGCCCCUUUCCAGUACUUUGAAUAAAUCCUCCCUCUCUUUUGGUUUCUCACUCCUCAAAUGUUAUUUUGUUCCUUUCUGGCCUGGAAUGCUCCCGUUUUUCCUUCUCUUCCCUAUUUUGUUUCCAUCCUUCGUUUAAGCUGCUUGCACCUACCCACAGUCCUGCUAGGGUCAGUCAGACUUGCAGGAAGCACACGCUGCCGGGCUGGGUUCACAGCUUUUCCAACCUGGCAGCUGCCUGCCAGUGCACCUCUCAGGAGCAGUCCUCUGGGCCCCGGGAGUUCUGCCACACAGACCUUAUCUCCCUUCAGGUGAGUGGGUAGAAGCCCAGCACACUUGGCUGGACAUGUGACCCUAACAGGUUAGCUAAUUCUCUGAGCUAAAGUGGGGACACGGUUAGUGCCUGUAACACCGGCAGAGCUCCUGGCACAGUGCCUGACAUACGGGAUGCACUCAGUUAACAAUUAGCUGCUAUUACCCUGCUGUGCAGAAAAGGCCAUCAUUUUUAAUGUGAAAAACUGAGAAAUGUGGGAAAAGCAACAGGACAGCUACUAGGUAUAAUUUACCUUACCUGUCCUCCACCCUACCCCCCGCCCCCAGGCCUCCUCUUAAAGGAAUACCUGCCCCCCAGCACCAGCCUGUGGUCCAUCUUGAUCCAAGAGGGAGUUUAUCAUCAAAGGCUGGCCAGCCACCUUUGACCUAUGUGACCUGCCAGGCGAGACAGGCUGGGUGAUCACAGUUUGCUCUCACUGUGUGGACUGAGGCACGGAGGGAGGGGGCUUGCAGCUGACAAUGGGAAACAAUCUGAACAGACUCAACAGUGAGAAUUCAACAGGCAAAACAGUGGUCACCUCAGCCCCUGCCCAUUCCCAGGCCUGGAUGUUGGAGCUUUCUUGGGUUCCUACACACAUGCAGCCUCUUUCACUAAACCCUCCUUUUUCUGAGGAGGCCACACCAGAACAGAAAUGCAGGCAAAUGGGAGAAGCAAAGAACACUUCUGCAAGCAGGGCCAUGGGAGGCAUGCUCUGCAAGGCUGCCAUAAUGCCCUGGUUGUCCCACAGCUGCACACACACGAGGAUGACAUUCCAGACUUCGCUCUGUGCUUCUCAUUAGAUGGAAGGGGGUGCUUGAGUGUGGAACUCUUUGAUUUUUUCAGUUUCUCACAUUCUACUGUUUGCAUCCCAUGCUGCCAAACAGCAGAGGGCGGAGAUUUCAUCCCUGAGCUCUGGCUGGUCCUCCUAGGACUGGUGAACUGGCUCUCAUCUGCCCCUCAUUGUGUCUUCCUGGGGCCCAGAGGCUCUCUGGCCAAGGAUGGAGUGGUCUCCCCGCCGUUCACCAGUCCCACUCCCAAUUUGCUUUAACUGUGCUUUUACAGCUUGAGGAAGAAAAAGAAUGCCAUUCAGGACAAAUAGUUUUGACAAAUGACUGUGCGGUCAACAUCCCUGGCUAUUGUGUGGUUUUGCAAGUUGCUGUUCCACUCGGGUGUAGAAUAAGCUGCUGUUUCUAUUCCCCGUGACGUGUAAGGCCGAGACUUCUGAAGCUCAAGCAACGGAGACAAAAAGCACCAGGCGCUCCAGCCCCACCUCAUCUCCCAGGGGAGCGACCCCCUUUCAUUGCGUGAUCCUCAACCUUGACAUCCAGCAAAAGCCCUAACAGUUGUGGGAACAAAGGAGGGGUGAGUUCAGAGCUAUUCUACUUUUGCUGGGUUUCUGAGGACCCGUUAGGGCAGACACUGAACCUGGGUAACUUAUUCUACAUGUGAGAAGUGUGGCUUUGAGGACCUCUGGACACUAGAACACAUUUCCUAGGAAGGAUCCUAGGUAGACAAGGCAACUUUUUUUUUUUUUUUUUGCAAGCACAAUUCUCUUAAAAAACAAAGGACUGUCUACAGGUGUGCUACAGUUAAAAACCAAUCUGACCUUUGUGGGUGGUUUAAAGAGGUGAUCAUUUAGAGGGUAAGCAGCUUACCAUAUUCCAGUGAAUUUAAGAUGCUCUUAAAAGUUAGCAUCUUUGAAAUGGGAUGUGUCUUUUAAUCAGUAGAUUCCAGAGUUUCAGUGGCAGCGUUUUUACUUUCUCAGUGUUACAUAAAAUAAUGGUGCAUUCUGCACCUGACAGCAUCCUGGAUUUGAUGAAGUGUGGUACUAGGUUGAUGGAGUGGCUGAUGGCAGGAUUUUGUUAAGUAGCUACGUCUUCUACUGUAUUUUAACACAUUCUCUAAUUUAAGAAGCUUCUACAAUCCUCCGCCUGGAAGAGAGCCCAGGACAAUGUAGGCACUUGAUAAAUGUUGAGCCAACUUUAGAA